GUGACGCAACCCGGAACUUGGUGAUGUCGCAGGACAACAAAGAUGGCAGGAAUAGGAGGCAGCAACUACUGGGAAGAUCUGCGAAAGCAGGCCAGACAGUUGGAGAAUGAACUCGACCUGAAGUUGGUCUCCUUCAGUAAACUGUGCACCAGCUACAGCAGCUCAAGGGAUGGACGUCGAGGAGGAGACACGUCAGACACCACCCCGCUGCUAAACAACUCCACCCAAGACAGGAUGUUUGACACCAUGUCAGUGGAGAUUGAACAGCUGCUGGCCAAGCUGACUGCAGUGAAUGACAAGAUGGCAGAGUACACCAACGCCCCGAGUACCGCUUCUCUCAAUGCUGCGCUCAUGCACACGCUCCAGAGACACAGAGAUAUCCUACAGGAUUACACGCAUGAAUUCCACAAGACCAAAGGCAACUUCUUGGCCAUCCGAGAAAGGGAGGACCUGCUGGGGUCCGUCAGGAAAGACAUUGAGACAUACAAGAGUGGCUCUGGGGUCAACAACAGAAGAACAGAGCUGUUUCUAAAGGAGCACGAGCAUCUGAGAAACUCGGACCGACUGAUGGAUGACACAAUAAGCAUUGCCAUGGCGACCAAGGAGAAUAUGACCUCCCAAAGGGGCAUGCUGAAAUCCAUACAGAGCCGGGUCAACACACUGGCCAACCGUUUCCCAACCAUCAACAAUCUCAUCCAGCGAAUCAACCUGCGGAAGAGAAGGGACUCUCUCAUCCUUGGCUCAGUGAUCGGUGUCUGCACCAUUCUCCUCCUGCUCUACGCUUUUCACUGAAAGCAGAUCCUGGUGACAUCUUUAAAGGAGCAGGAUUGAUCUGCUCUUUGUAACAUGGGAACCCCAGGAGACUGAGCUCAAUGAUUGGAGGACCCUGGAGGCUCCUGAGCAGAAGGACAUUCAGUUGGUCCGGUUCCUGGACAGGAACAGAUUUGGCCAACACGAACUACUGAACUUGUAUUUAGCAGUGGGACAGAUGGAGGGCUGCCAACAAGUGAAUGGAGACCAAAAGUACAAAUAAGACUAGAUUUUAAUCAAUUAUAUUGAUAACUCACUUGGAGAGAAACAGGGAAGUGUGAAGAGACUGAGAGAAUGAAAGAUGUAUAAUUCUUUUCCACAGGUUGAAGGAUUUUUAGUUGAAUGGUCCUUUUUAAUUGAUGAAGUGGGAUGCAUAGUUCAUUGUGGGCUGUAAAAUGUGAAUUAAUAAAUUAUUCAUAUCGGUAUGUGUAAACAAGUGUGUGACACUACUAGAUACUGAACACUCAAACAUUUUAUUUUUCAAAAUAUAUGAUGGGAACUGAAAA